AUGACACAGCAGUUUCACGUUACGGCGGCGGACGGCGUGGCAGAGGGUCCGGCGUGGACCGGCCACGGCAACGAUGCGUACCCGAAGUACGCGGCCCUCAGCAAGUCGCACUGGGAGAUGUGGAUGCUGGAGGGGACGGAGCAGACGGGCUCGGCGGGCGUGACGGUGACCUUCUUCGUCGACGGCUCGCAAACCUUCCACGGCAAGGACCCGCUGCACAUCACCUUCCACGCGCUGCUGCCCGACGGCGAGAUCGAGAAGCACCACCUCAUCGCCGAGUCAGUGACGGCGCGCGAGACCGCCACGCACAUCAUCAUCGAGUGGCCCGGCAAGGGCGGAGGCUCGUCCCGCAUCGAGAUUGCGCACGACCACAGCGCCGCCACGGCCAUCUUCGACGUGCCUGAAGUGCGCGGCCGCCUUACGCUUACCAGCUACACGCGCAGUCCCGACCCGACGGCCGGCCCCCUGGCGCCCGCCGUCAGCCACCGGCAAGUCAUGACCGGGGCGCACGCCGAAGCCGACAUGGAAUUCCCGGCCGGCAGCAGGCGGCUGCAAUUCGCGGGCAAGGGCGGCCAUGAUCGCUGCUGGAUGGAGGCGUCGUUCCCGGCCAUCCUCAGCGACACGACGUACGUGCGCGGACACGCCGGACCCUUCACCUUUGCCAGCCUCCGAAUUGUCAGCCGCAUUGGCGACCGCAAGGGCAAGGUGUGCCAGAAGUUCCGGCUGCUGCGCGACGGCGUCGAGCUGUUCGGCAGCAUGAACGAUACCGUCAGCCUGACCGAGGACUAUUUCGUGCUCCGCAGCAGCCACGGCGGCCCUGUAAAGGGUCCUUUCCUCGACACGACGACGGGUUACCGCCUCGAUUUCGUGAAGCCGCGCGAGGGCAAGCACUGGGCGUUCGAGAUCGCGCACGACAAGGUGUGGUGGAGCAUGCCGUUGGGCCCGCCGCCGCUAGUGAGGGAAGGGAACAGCGGCUUCGUGUCGACGGUGCGCGGCGGUGAGGCGGGUGGCGAGAUGUUCGAUGGAGCCGGAGACGUUGGUCAGAUCCAUAUGCCCGAGUUGAGCACGUUGAUGCAGUUGAAGGCGGCGGCCACCAAGGGGCAGGCGUGA